UCAGUAAAGCUCUGAGAUAGUUCGGUGGCGGGGGAGUUGUACUAAGUGUUAAAGGUAUGGAGAGUUUUACGAAUUCGUGUAGAUUGUGUCUGUGGAAAGGAGAUAAAAUGCUUCCAAUUUUUGCAUCUCCUGAUGACGACGAAACAGCAUCGAAGAUUCGAAAAUGCCUGCCGUUAGAUGUGCGAUGGGAAGACAGUUUGCCAAAAGGAAUCUGUGCCAGCUGUCUGUACAAGGUGGAGAUGCUGUUCGAGUUCCACUGCUCUGCUGUGAGAAUAGACUCACUGCUCAGGAAAUAUCUCGCUUCAGAAGUGACUGUUAAGGAACAGCAGCUGAGCGGCAGUGGAUAUCAGACCACCAACAUGCCCCCCAUGCGUAGUGUGGCCAUUGGUACUGAGGAUGAAUAUUUCCAUUCAGCAAGAAGAACGAGGGAUGGCCAAGAAAGCAGUGGUAAUGCAGAACCUAUGGUAGCCAGAUUGCGUGUGCGGACACCACAUGACAUUAGUGAUAUGAGUAGUGCAGGAGUUUCCCCAGUGGUUCAGGUGCCUCUACAACAGUCAGACCCCUUUAAUGGACAUAUAACUGAAGUGUCAUCACUGCCACACAGAUCAGACAGUGUUCAGGGUAUUGAUAGUAUUCAUGCAAUUGGAGCUACAGAACAGUCACCAUCGAGCAUUACAGUAUUGCGUUUGUCUGCAAGUGGUACUGCAGUUCAACAAGAGGAGUUAGGGAGGAGUGCCUCAAGACAGUCGGAGCCUGUGGCUCACACAUCAUCCCCGGGAGAGGCCUGUGUAACACAAGACCCCACAUCAGAUUGUGCCCCAGCGGAAGACACAGAUGUAGUGUGCCUUUCAGUCAAGUCUUCAUCAACUGUGGUGCAAAGUGGUCCCUCAACAUCCCGAUCAUCAUGUGAGUGUGCCGAUGAUGAUGAAGUGGUGGUCCUUGCCGAGAUCCAGAAGCAACCGUACCCGUACCGGCGAUGCAAGACCCCUACCAGCUUUGACACCUCCUCUGUGUCUAGCUGUGCCUCUGCGUCUGCUGUUUCUACCUCCUCCUCUACCUUCGAAGGUGGGAGCAGAAUGGCACCUCCGCGGAAAGCACACCGUCUUUGUCCGCGGCACCAAGAGUACUUGCGGUUGAUGAACCUACAGCAGGAGCAGCAACGGAUGAAGGAACGAGGUCUACAACAACAGGAGACACUGCAGAGGGUAGACCACCAUUCUUCAAGAGCCAGUGGACAGGAGCCUACUUUAAGCACUUCCUCAGCCAGUCAGAGAUUGUCGGAUGUGUCCAAUCCUGUGCAAUGUGAGCCCACUCAGCAAGUACCGCAAAACCAGUCAUGUGGAGGAGGCACAAGGCAACUGUCAGCAGAAACUCCACAUAUCGACACAUCAUCUAACUCGACAGAAUCUGAGGGACGUGUGCAAUUGCUUGACCAAAACAAACUUACAUCUGGUGCAACAAGUCAUCUGGUACCCCUUCUGAACAGUGACUCAUCACAUAUCACAGCUCAACCUGGUCAGUUGGAACAAGCAUGGCAUGUGACGAGGACCAAACCUGAAGGAGCCACCACAGAGGCAGUGGUGGCACCACUUUCCAGUUCUGCAAAAUGCAACUCAUCUGUAACUGAGCCACAGGACCAAGUAAGGCAGCUGACUCUUGCCCAUCCAAAAGGAACAACUGUUGAGUCUUUCCAGGGAAAACCAUGUGGCAGCAAAUUAUCUUCAGCUGAUGCACCACUGCCAGCUGCUGCACUGUCCCAGAGUGCUGUACCAACCCCAUCUGUUGCAGCAGCUUCACCUGUUUCACAGCUCUCGGCCCGCGUGCCUCCUUCAGCUGCUCCGCCUGCUACACCUGCAGUGCCUCCUCCAUCUUCUGAAUCUAUCCCAGUUACUGCGCCUCCCCCAUCUACUAUGCCUAUCCCAUCCGCUACUCUGUCAACAACCUCUAAAAGGAUUUCAUCUGCAGCUUUACCCACCAGCUCUGUACCAGUCUCAUCCACUGCACUACCUGGAAUGCCUGUGACAACACAAUCUGACCCUUCCCCCGUAACCUGCGCGGUGACUCCAUCGGUCACACAUUCCGGUAUCACCUCACACCCCAGCAGAGCUGCUGCACACUCUCCAUCCCCUGCAAGAUCCUCAUCUGGUGGGCAGUCCCCCUCGACUGUACAGACCUCAUCAUCACGGAAACAGUCCAACACACGGUCUCGAUCUCGCUCUCGCUCCAGUUCGAAAUCUCCAUCUGCUGGACAGCGCCGUGGCUCUAAAUCACCUGUGUCCACUGCAAUGGCCCCGCCCUCUGCAUCUCCCAAACCCUCGGCACCUUCCACAGACCAUGCACAACCGCGACUGGCUCCCCUGACUACAUCUGUUACGUGGCCAUUGCCUGCUGCACCCACUACACCUCCUGCACUAUUACGUGCUUCAGCACAACCACAGCAACAAGAAAAUAGACAGCAGAGAGUAGUGUUGCCGACACGUGGUUCUGGACAUCCUGAGCAUCAGGUGAUACCAGCCAAACUACAAGAUGGAGUCUUCAAGUUUCCAGCAUUCCUGGUUGUAACUAAUGCCUCUUUUCAUGCGCAAGCACAACCUCCAGCAGCAGCAACCACUCAUCUGUCGGCACAGUCUCAAACCUCUGCUCCCACAGAAACUCCUGUGGUGCCAAAGGAACAGGAACAGAAACAACAGUUGGCACAAACGGAAUCACCGGGAGGGGCCAUCAGCCAGUUGUUAGCAGCAUCUGCACUCAUUAGUCCCCCACGUGGCUCAACAGAGCCUAAGCAACAAGAGAAGAAGCAAGGGGAGGUGGAGACAAAACCCACAGGAACACAUCUCUGUCAAUCUGCAGCAGCAUGUUUGCCUACUGCCCCUCCACAUUCACCUGCUCCAGGUAAGCAGCACGAACAGCAGCCACAAGUCCAACAUGAGCAACAGAAAAAUAGACUAGAAGUGUUACGUGAUAAACUGUCAGCAAAAAUAGGUAGGCUACCAGCAGGCUCACCUGUAGGCACUGAUGAGAAGGGUGUCUCUGUACAAAAUGGUCAGACACACUCAGAGGCCGAUCAGCAGUUAACAAAUUCAGCAACUACCACUGCCACGUCACGUACAGUUGCACAGUCAAGUAAGAGGAGGAAAGAGCACCGGUCACACGCAGUUGUCGCCGAGCGUCCUGUGACUCCAGCUGAAUCCACAGCUGCCUCUCCUACCUCACAGAAGCCAAAGCAGAUUAAACAGAAAUACUAUAAAGCAAGCUCACAAACUGAAAAGAGCGUUCGGAAAUCACCAUUGACAGUAACUUCCACUGCAAAAUCUUCCUCAGAAAGAGCUAAAAGCCAACUGUCUGGAGGGACUGUGGAGCAGCAGCAGACCACGAAGCAACCAGCACUGCCAAAUUCAUAUGACUCUCAAAAGUGGAAGAAGAAAAAAAAGAAGAAAAAAGAAAAGGAGGAGGAGGAAAGUCACCAUCGAUCAUCAAAUAAAUAUCAACAGGAGCAGCUGUCACAAAAAAGAAAGCACUCAUCCAAGAAUGCACGAGAAACUGAAGACCUACCAUCACAGCCUGCUCGUACCCCUUCUUUACAGCAGAGUCAGGAGAUGGAGGCUGUGAGUCAGCACUACGGCAGCCAUUCACAUCCAGUGACGACAAUGUACAAAGUUAACAGAGGUGAGGCGGAGCAGCCGCAGGUGGAGCGUUGGCGCAACGUUCAACAGGACGCUGUUGAGCGUGUGCGGGUCGCUCUGCGAGAGUGCACCCAGCUGCCACAGCCACCGCUCCGUGACCCUGCGACAUCUCCGCCUGUGCCAUCUGCCACUGUGACGACGCCCUCACCUCCUGUAUUGACACCUCAGCGGCCAUCUGUGAAGCCGGUUCCUCCCGACUCCCCGUCCCCUCUGCCACCGAUGCUGCCACCUGCAAUCUCCACAGAAACCCGCACCGACCGCCCGCACUCCACUGGCCCACUUGUGCAGUGCACCACUCCUCCAGCGAAUGAGAAGUUGUCUCCCACACCGUUCCUCACGCCACCUGAUGGAGUUGACCAGCAGAAGUCCAGAUCGCAGCUGCCAUCCAAGGCAACGGCAGAGAGUGGUGAACGUCGGUUGCGCACUCCCAGCCCAGCGUCCAGCAUUGGGAGCGUAGACUGGUUCUCUGUGCCACACCGCAACGGUGUGCCUCUGCGGAGGUACUACAACAGGAAGAGGCGGUACCUCGAUCUCAGCUGGGGUGAGGCCUCGGGAACGGACAGAGAAGGCAGUGAGGACAGAGGCGACAGUGCUGAGAGAAGCCCUUUGUCACUGCCGUCACCCAAGACACAGUCAUCCUGCAGUGCUCCGAAAUCUUCUGUUCAGGCAUCUGCAGCAUGCCUGGAACUAUUUCAGCAGUCGGUUCCCUCGGUGACUGCCUCUCACCAGUUGAUGGUGGGAACUCCCCUAUUGACAUCACGAUCUGCACGUGCUGCCCGCUACUUAUGCCGCUACUGCCAGCAGCGGUUCAGUGCGCGCAUCCUGCUGAGCCUGCAUCGCGUUAACGGGGCGUGUGAACUGCACCGCAGCCACAACUAUGCACGCAAUGGUGGUGGAGGUGACCAUCCACAGGUGACAGAGCAUGAGCUGAUGCUAGAGGCGCGUGUGCGUCUCGACCGUCUCUUCGUUUGCCCACGCUGCUCGCGUGUGCUCUCCACCGAGAGCACACUCAAACGGCACAUAGCCCUCCGCCACGGACGUGACAACCCCCGUGACACACGUGCCUCUGUGCAGGUGCACUCGCAGGACUGGACACUAUCCCUGCCGGAUACGCCGUCGCCACCUCCCCUGUCGCUGCCACUUGCUGCCAGGUUGUCCGAUGGCAAAGACAAUGUGUUGGAAGCUCUGGGGCUUACCAGGAAGAGUUAAUGACCGUGUCAUAGCUCCAGAUGCUCUGUUGUUGCCUUUCUCAACUGGUUGCUUCUUACUCUGUGCAUACAAAAGCUGUGAGACGUCACCUUCUCAGUAUAUAAAGCAGUCAAAAGUAGACCAUCUGUUGACUGUGCUCUGUCAGACUUUUUGCAUCACAUUUUUUCUUCUAGUCGAUCUUUUUAGAAAAAAAGAGAUCAGUGUUUCAUGAACUAAUAAGGAAGAGGUAUCCAUUGAUAUGAGUGUACAGAGAAACAAAACCAACUCCAUGAAAUUGUUUUUAUUAUCAUUAAAUUGGUUGCCAAUCAUUGUGUGCUAUACUUUUUUUGUCUGUAUUGUCCGAAGCAUUUAGGGAAGCACUACCCUACUUGAUAUGAUGUGCACAUCGUGUGGCCUGAUUCAUCACUCUUUAAACUUUUACUUGUCCUUAAUUUUGAUUUUGGCACAGUACAACAUAUAUAUAUAUAUGCUUGGACACAUUGUGGAGGUGGUCACUGGAAUGUUUUAGGCACAGUGGAACAGAAAGUUGAUUCAGAGACUUGAGAGAUGCCAGGGAGGUUUGGUACUCCAGCUGCGUUUCAGACGGUUGUGAAUGUGUCGACUAACAAAGGUGUUGACCAUGCCGUGGAUUUGUUAGAAGUAGGCCACCUUUCACAUUCAAGACAAAGCACCAAAUGAUAAAUUUCUCACUUCAGAUGUUCUACAUCUCACUUUCAAAUUGUCCUAAUGAUAGUGACUUUACAGCCUAAAUGUAGACUACUCGUCGUAGCUUUAGAAACCAUUGCAGCAAAGCUUGAGGAUAAGCAUAUGUUGGGUAGUCUCACCAGAACUCUUCUGAACUGGCGUGCACUGCUUGGCUUCAGUAAGAGAGAAAGAAAUCUGCCCGAGUCAUUUGACUGGACAUGAACUUUCAAUUCCUCGCUCUCUGACUUCCAUCGUAGGUGCUCUUCAUGGUUAUAAAAGAGCCAACAAUAAAAUUGUUUGGCUCAGUGAACUACACUACUUGAAGGAAACAUAAUUGUUCUGAAGGUUAUAUCAUCUUAUUCAAAACUGCUCCCAUUUCAUCAAACUUUUGAUGUAAGCUAACUACACAAGCUUCCAUUGAUCAAGGAUCCAGAUAUCCUCCACUAAUUUUUCUGUAGCUUGGCAGUAGAAAUCACACCUUAGUCUUGGAGCAACUGAUGAACUAAAUGUGCAAAAAUGCUGCUGCUGUCCAUGUAUUUUGAGAUAAAGUACAUUGCUGCCAUUGCUUAACUUCCCAUGCCUUAUAAUAAUCAUUUGGUUAAUUUUGAACGUAUCAAAGUGAUAACAUUCUGGCACAUUGUCUCCAUUGGAUAUUAAAAUUUGCUUCAAUUGCUGCAAAGUUUCAAUUAUGGAGCCAUUUUUAAAUGAUUGUAUAAUAUAAUCCAUCAAAAUUGAUGUAUCAUUCCAAGUUCACCCUACAUGCUGCUGUAGUAACGUGUAAUACUUAACUGAAUUGUCGUGGCACUCUAUUGAUAUCAUAGGGUUUGAUCACAGACACACAACAUUUAUCCCUCUUCUUACGAGUAGAUAUCGUAUAGUUUGCAGGUCAAUGUACAUGAUUCAUUGGCUCUAUCAUACAAAUACUAGUCCACAACUUGUAAUCACAAGCAGCACAACAUUAAUAAUUUAACUCAAUACUCAAUAAUGUAAUGUAUUCAUUAAUUCUAUCAUUGUCAGCAGUGAUGCCCAAAUAAAUGUUAUUAAUUACUGACACUUACAAGUCAUGAAGUAGUAGUUUGGUCUGAUUCUGUUACAUUCCAGUUACACAAAGUGGUUCUAUAAUAUCUAAUGGGCAUAUAUGCUGUAACUCCUUAUAAAAGUUUAUGAAGUAGUAACGGACCCAAGCUUAAUGUGCAGUAUCAUACAUUCACCAGUGUGAAAUUCUGACUUGAGUAACCGGCUUGAGUUAGACUGAAGCUGACCUUCCACUGGCUUUUUGUUAACCUUGCAGGAUGAGGUUCUUGGCUAGUGUUAAGACAGCCAGCUCAGUCUGAUACUGUAUUGUACUGUUGGCCAGAAUUCACAAUUAUAAAUUCAUGCCAUGAAGGGUGCUGUGAACAGCAGUGAUAUAGUACACACCAUAGGAGAAACUGCAUGGCAAUGAAAGUAAAAUGGGAAAAAAAUUAAUCCAUCCAAUGACAGCCACUGUGACAAAACGUUAUUAUUUAGCCAAUUUGCUGUGGCUUUGGACCCGAUUGCAACUUGAAUUAGAAAGGACAGCUAGGGCAACAAUUCUUCACGGGGUAAACCUGAGGUGGCGAAAUACAGACCACCAGUUUUUACUAAGAAAUUAAGCACUUUUGUUAUAAAUGUGGCAUAUAUGUUUCAGAAUAUUCAUGUUACUUUUGUGUGUUCAUUCACAAUUUUUAAAUAUUACCAGAGCUCUAUACCAGCAAUAUGCAUUCUUCAUUUGUGCCACCUAACAUUUAUAUGAACGUGAAACAUACACAUAAUCAUUUAAUAUUCAGAAUGAAAAAUAAGUGCAUGAAAUUCGACUAUGCGAACAACCACAAUUAAUUACUUGGUUCACAUUAUAUUAAAUGUUUUAAUUUUAUAUAUUCCUUUCUCCUUGGAUGAUGAAUGAAUUAAUUUAUUAGGUCACUUGCAACAGCAGGACCAAUCUUGCUGUUUUCAGUAUUUGUAUAAAAACAUUUUAGCUUUACAGUGACAUGUUUCUCGUUAAAUAAAUGCUUUUAAAUGUCAUUUGUGUGUCACACGAGGAAUCAAUUUAUCAUGAGGUCUGGAGAAAAUUCUAAAUGAAAUGGUGUCCCUAUGCAGUGACUUUGUUUAUGAAGCUUGAUUGAGUAAAGCUAUCUGCCAAGCCUUUUCGAUUUGCAGAACUUCGUUAGAAAUGUGAAGUACGCAAACCAAGAUUAAGAUCCCAAAGUAUUCUGGUGAUUCAGUUUUUUUGCAAUGGAAGACAGGAGUGGCUGUUGCUUAUAGUGUCCCAGAAACCUAAAAUUAAAGAUGAGACUACAUAAUAUGAAUAAAUUGAUAACAGUUGUGAGAAACUAUUCAGUUCUUUCCUCCUCCUCCUUUUCAGUCUACAUAAAGUUGUUUCCACCUUACACAGUCUCCAGUCACUGGGCUGCCUUACACAGUCUCCAGACACUGGGCUGCAAUUAGUUGUUUCAGUGAUAAGUUUUAAAUAGAGAUACAUUUUUAAAGAAAGGAGGGGGAAGGAACUCCAUGACACUGGAAUAUGCAUUUGGUAACAGAAAACUAGUCAUCCAUAGCAGAAGAUCCUGAUACAUCACUCGAACAGAUUUUCCUGCUUUGGGAGAUAAGGAAAAAAAUGCUCCUGACCAGCUACACGGUUGUGGGCAGUACUGUGUCAUUGCAGUUGUGGUGGUUGGGGAUGUCAAUUCCUCUAAGCAACCUCUGGGGGCUACUGUAACAAAUGUGAUAUUUUCAGCUAAUUCUUCAAUUUUUAGGGAGAGGAUUGUACAAAACAGACGAGUACAGCUUCUGCACUUUCAGUCUUAUUUUAUAUAUUACAGUGUUUUCAGGCAAUAAUAUUAGUUAUUUCACUCUGCUGGCAAGUACUCAUUCUGAUCAUUGACACCUCUCCAUGGAUAAGUGAACAACUAACACUGGGAAAAAUUUGGCAUAUAAAAGAGAGGGAAAAAAGGAGCAAUGUGAAGAUUUGUAUUAAUCUGUGCUUUUAACUGAGAAGUGAGUUUCAUUUUUUUAAAUGUGUGUUGGAACAUGUAUGAGACUGUGGAAACGAGAAAGAACUGACAGUAACAAAAAUAUCACCAGUCUUGAAGGCCAUGAACAUUAGAUACAAUUACUUAUGGAGCAUAUUGCAAGAUUUUUUUGAAGGCACCGCCUUUUUGUGACAUUGUAUGGCAUUUUCAGAAUGACUGAUGUAUGAAUUUAUUAACAACUGUGCAAUCUUAUGGAGAUGACAAUGUGGUCCCUGCAGUGCCAAAUCCACAUUCUGAUCCCGAUAUUGUGAAAAUGUCAUCAUGAUUUUCAUACUAUGAAUGUAAUCAUCAUGGAAUACAGUUAAGAGUUUAGGGAAAUUCAUAUCCCUACCAACAUUAUCAGGGAAGGUGUCUCGUAAUCUGAGCUACAUCUUGUGUUACAUGUGUACAAAACAAACAAAAAAACAAAAAUUUUUUAAAGAGAAUUGCU